AACCAUACCAGUAUGAUACGAAAAGUUAUCUUUGUUUUGUAUCAGUAUCUUUAGAUGGUUAAGUUUUCUGUUUAUUUAGGGUUGUGUCCACAUCUUCUCCAYUGAUCUGGAUGGAAGAGCCGACUUAUAGAUGAGGUUUUAAAUUUCUCCAGGCAUCGAAAGCCCUUCGUUGUUGAACUACAUGAAGCUUGUCAGACAGGAUUUCGACUUACCUUGCGAAAUCUCUGUGAAGGUAUUCAGUUGUGACCCUCGGACGCCAGUAUAGGGAUUUAGGACGAUCCCUUGUCGCAAGGGUACAUAGAGUAGACGGAUUUGCAAUAAUAUGCCCAGCACACGAAACCGUGGAAGAAACAGUGAGCUACUCUCGGCUAAACUCAUAGAAGUUGGUCUUCUAAAAAGACGAGACUACAGUGGUGUCAGUGUUUGCCGUAGUACCAAGAACAAGAUCAAGAAAUCUAGCCCUUCUAAGAAAGUAAAGCAGGAAAAUGAAGACGAAAACAUCAUAKUCGCUGAAAGAGAGAUGAAAGAAGCGAAGACAAGGGUUCUUCCCAUCAAUGGAGUUCUCUCAAAAUCCAAGAAAGAGCAACUAACUCUAACACUCGAAUGGUUAGAAGAGAACUAUGUCAUGUGUGAAGGAGUCUGUCUUCCUCGUUGUAUCCUGUACGCCCAUUACUUAGACUUCUGCAGAAAAAAUCAAAUAGAAGCGGCUUGUGCAGCUACGUUUGGAAAGACAAUUCGGCAAAAGUUUCCACAACUUACGACGAGAAGGUUGGGCACUAGAGGACAUUCAAAAUAUCAUUACUAUGGGAUUGGAAUUAAGGAAUCGUCGGCUUAUUACCAUUCGGUGUAUUCAGGAAAAGGUCUCACACGGUUCUCAGGUUCAAAAACGACAAACGAGGGAUCGUUUGCAACUCGAAAGUACUCCCUCAGCUCCAAAACUGGAACACUUUUACCCGACUUCCCCAACCCUUUGUUGCUUGAGCUCCCCGAAGACAUUUCUUUAGAUAAGGUCCAAACGUUUGUCGUUAUGUACAAGACCCACUGUCAGUGCAUACUGGAUACUGCAAUUAAUGCAAACUUUGAUGAGAUAAAAAAUUUCCUUCUUCACUUCUGGCAAGGAAUGCCUGACCAUCUUCUACCGCUGAUGGAGACAGAGGUUGUCUCUGAUGUUAUCUGUGUUUGUGAUUCUAUUCUUUAUAAGGUCUUAAUGGAUGUCCUUCUCCCAUCAUCGAUGCAAGAUGUCCUUGAAGGUCUGCUGGCAGACAUCAGGAAUUUUGCGCGCCAUCUGGAAAGCUGGGUAAUCAUGGCAACGGAACAACUCCCUGAGUACAUCAAAGUUGGAAAGAUACAAAUCGUUAGAAGAUUUGCUCAAUCCAUACGAAGACAAACAUCAUUCCUACAUCUUUCACAGACGGCACGACCAGUAUUGUCUAGCCCAGAGGUUGUUCAGCAAAUGGUUUACGAUCUUGAGAAAGUAGAUAAUGGAACAAUAAGUGCGACAGGAUUGUACGGCAAAAGCGAGGCAGAAGAAGACGAAAGCUUCGACAAAGAAUUCAUGGAAAGGUUCAAAGAACUGCUUAAUAAUCAGGCGUCUGUCGAGGCCUAUGUAGAAUGGCUGGACAGCAUUGUUGAAUAUAAAGUCAUCCAGCCUUGUAUCGAGAAUGGAACAGAAUUCAAGAACAGAGCGCAGGAUUUUCUUCUUCGAUGGUCGUUUCUUGGCGCGCGUUUAAUGCACAACCUGACGUUGAACGCGUCUUCGUGCUUUGGUUCGUUUCAUCUUAUUCGAAUGUUGAUGGAUGAGUACGUGCUACUCGUGAUUGAAACGAGGUUCUACGAUGAGAUGGAAGAAAAACUGCAAGAAYUGCUAGAUAGACAUUUAAAAAUGGGAGAAGGCAUUGACAAAGACAAUUCUCCUCUACGGGUGCAGACAGUCGUCACGCGCACGAAGUUCACGGUACCUGACGUGACAAACGGUGACAUCAUUCGUUCUUCUAAGCGUGACAAGGACAUCGAAUCAGAAGCCAAGAGCUCGAAAAGAUACAAGCGAACGAAGUCACGCGAGGAUCAUCCUCGCACAAAAUCAAGACCCAAAAGACUGUCACGUCCCUAUUCACCUCAUUAUAGAGAUGGCGGUUCCAAUGGAUUUAUCGGCCUGCCCCCAACGCCAAUGGAAAAUACUGGCUUUGCAAUCCCUUCACCAAGAGAGAUGUACUAUUCUGGUCAGAAUGUAUUUUCAUCGGCGCCUGUGUUAACACCACCAGUUUCUCCAGCGGUCUCUUCUCCAAUGCCAAGAGGUCAGCUGCAUGGUAACGGACAGGCCCUAGUGACAUACACGGCCUUCUCAACUGGAAAACGAUCGUGCGCAUACGAGAAUAGUGAACCCGACCCYUCCCCUGAAUUGAUCGAUAAGCUUGUGUCUCAGCAUUUUCAGAGCUGUGGGCUUGGUGGAUAUGUGAAUCCAAGGCAGAUGAYACCUGUUAGUAACAACAACAACUAUAUGCCUCCCAGACAGCUUUAUUCAAACGGGCAAGUCGUACAUCAACGCAACGACCAUAACAACAACUACGGCCGCAUGAUGACGCAUGCGUACUACAUGCAAACCACUGGUGGCAACCAGCCACGUGACCCUGUGGUCACUACUGCGCAUGUGUCAAUGAUGUCCUGUAACAACAGUGGAGGAUACGUAGAGGCUGGUCACAUGAUGAUGGAGGAAGAUCACGCGAACAUGAUGAGCCAUGAUCAAGAGGAGUACAUCGAUAUCGCAGUAAACAAGCUCUUUAAUGGCGAAUGCGAACUCGAAAAAGUUGAUUGUGGUGAUGAGCACGAAGCGUUGCCUGCCAUUAAUUCACUUUUGAUGACCGAAGCAGCCAUGGUAUAGAGUGCGGAUGUGAAGAGAUUAUAUAUAGAGCAGGCUUUAUUUUCAUUAUCUGUGCCUUCAUUACUUUUGGUUAGUGACAAGAAGCUAGUAGUAUAGUUGCUGGCCAAAGAGGAGAAUGAUAAACUGAUUUUUAAAAUGGUUGGCAAAGACAGCGUGUCGCACAUUUCUUAAACGACUUCGUGUGGUACAAUUUUAGGUCAUUCUUUCUUAUACGUGCGCCUUUCUUAAUGAAUGCCGUUCAUUCGUUCUGCCUUAGUUUAGUCAGUCAUUAUGYUAUAUUUUAUUGACUUUAGGCCAGACGUUCCUUAUAUUUACAAGUGCGCACAUAAGUCGCUCGCCCUUUUUUUUAAAGAAAAAAUAUAUAUUUUGGCGGGAAAAAGCGCGCGCUGCGCGAAGUUUUCGCUUCGUACAAAUCGUAGAAAUCGCUUUCCCAUAUAAAAAAUAUUUUUUAAAGAAUAUGAUUAGAUUUAUAAUUAUGCAAAUAUCAACUUGGUAUGUGAACAAGUAAUUAAUUACCCAGUCGAACAAAUUCGCUUGAAAUCAAGAAAAUCAACAAAAAAGAAAAAAGACAAAGAAAAAAAUCGGCCGAUUCCUUGUAAAUCAAAAUAAUCGCAAAUAUUYUUGUACAGAGUAUAAAUAAAUAUAUAUUUUUAGGUAAACCAGAGAACAAACUUUAUAUUUUUCAAGAUAAUAUGUAGUCAUGUAAUGAAAUGACAGAACAUAGAGUGGUUUCUAUAAAUAUUAGUAACUGCAAGUUUUGCCACAUUAAAGAAAUUCCAGAAUACCAGUGAAGGAGUUCGGGUUUCUGGAACUGGCUUGAUGCAUUCAAGAUUUUGGAUUCUAUUCUUGGAGUCUACAUUCCGUAAACCAAAUUCCUUUAAAWAUAAGAUUUUAGUUUUAUUGUUUAGGAAAUCUGUGUUUCCUUUUACACAGGGCAAAAUGACUUUAACCAAAUAAUGGCAAAAGUGAGGAACAAUGGGUUCGAGAGCAUCUUACAAUAGUCUAGCAACUGCGCAGGCGCGUUUAUAGUAACUACUUUAUUAUUAUUAUUAUCAUUAUUAUUAUUAUUAUUAUUACGAGAUGAUUUAUUAAAUAUAUCAUUAGAUGAUUAGUAAUAGUUUAAUAAUAGCUAAUAGUUUUACAUAUAUUGUCAUGUAUUUACAUGUUGGUUUUAUAUAUUAUUAGUUUAUAUGUAAAAUGCAAAMAUAAAAUUGCCAAAUAACGAAAA